AUUGUUUCAAGUAGGUUCAAUGGAGAAAGAAAAGAGAAAGAGAAUAUUGAAAAAACCAAAAAAAAAAAAAAACACAAUUCAAGUUCCCCCAAACCACUGCCAACGUCAUUCUUUUAGCAGCUUGAAAAAAUUAUUUUUCUUUUUUCUUCUUUAAAUAUACACAUACACACCAAAUAAAAAAUGGCCUUGUCACCAAUCAGAUCUCAAUUACUGAGACCCUUUUUAUCAAGCCAAGUUCGUUUGAAUAGCACUGCUUCAACACAAGCCGUUAUUCCUACUUGGGAUGAUUAUUUCAAGUUAAGAAAGAAGAGAAGAGCUUACGAAGUUGCCUUCUAUUUACCUACCACAGUCGCUCCUGCUGCCGGUACAUUUGCUUAUUUUCUUCAAAUGCAAGUUGAUCCCUUGACAAAAGUUCUCGGCAUGGAUCCUCUCAUGGCAGCUGUAGCCAGUACCAUUGGUGCUGGUUUUGGUGGCUUUUUAUUAGGUCCUAUUGUUGGCAACACUUUCUUUAAAUUGAUGAACGGUAAGGUUGCUCAUGCUAUGGAUGUUCGUGAUAAGGAGUUUUUUGAGCAUAUCAAAAAGAAUCGUGCCGAUGCUCGUCUUAAUUCUAUCCGUAACCCUGUUCCCGACUACUAUGGUGAGAAAAUUCAAUCUGUUCGUGGCUACAGAGCUUGGUUAAGAAAACAACGUGAGCAUUAUCGUAAGGGUGUUUUCGGUGGUGAUGGUAACAAUCUCGAGGAUUAGAUAUUCUCGCCAUUUAGAAAUAAAAAACAGUAGAUUUACAGCAAUUAAAAA